GCUUGGGCUGCAAUUAUAGGAGUCCAGUCAUUGGGACUUACCUUUUUCUGAAUCAUAGAAAAUUUUAUUAUUAGCCCUGAUUCUCUUCCGCUCUUUGUCAUUCUGCCCGCACUGUUGUGCGUUUCGUUCUCUACCAGAGGAGGUUACCGUUCUCAAAGAACUACGACUUGAGAGGGGUUCAGUGUAUCAGAGAGACUGCGCAUGCUUGCGCAACACGGUAUAUUUGAACCGCACAGAGACUCGCCACGAGACUCGGCACAUCCGAUAGCAAGAGUAUCGUUCCGAACUGCUUGCACCAGUCUAUGAAUGAGUGGAAAGGAGGAGUAGGAACUCACGUUGUAAAGGCUUUCACACAGACGACGUCGUUGACGACCAAACACCACAAUCCCGGCAAACUGGAACCAUACGCGAGUCCUCCGCUCUCCCCCGAAGCGCAUUGGUCUCUUGACCUCCAUCCAGCGCGCAGGGUCUCGUGGGACCGACUGCGUGGUAUGGAUGGCGAUAGCCGACGCAUGAAGCAGCAUGAUCCCUCCAGUUUCACAACCGCCUCGGGGCAGACACGUCGAGGGGUCCCCAGUUCAUCCCGCGGUGCUGCGGAUCGUUUUCGACAGCAUGGCCAACCUUCAGCACGUGGAAACCAUCCAGGAUUGUCGCAAGCAGCGACAAGAUCUCGACUGUCAGCCUACAUGGACUAUGGAUACACAGACACUGCGUUUCAGGGUGAUUCCUUGCACGGGGACGAAUUACAACCGUAUCCUACAACGUUGCGCGAACAACAGCGCCAGCAGUCGAUACAGCAACCCUUCGCCGCGUAUGAAUCGGAGAUGGUAUAUAAUCUCGGUCAGCAAGGUCCGACACAAAAUCCGUACGAGGUCGUGCCACAGUACCCAGCACGGCAGUCUGCAGCGAUUGACGCCCUGUCCAGCCAAUUUGCCGUUCCACAGUACUUUCCAACUAAUGAGCCGAUGGCAACAGGGGUCCCUGCAGAGGGUUCGCCCUACAUGAACCCGCACCUCUCUUCACCUGCUUAUAACCAGCCCGGCCCCAUUGGGCGCUCGAGCGCAAUGCAGCCCUUUCCCGCAACCAUGGCCGAGUUUACCCCUGUGGGGACAACGGCGAGACGUUUGGAGCAACAAGAAACGUCUCAGCAGCAACAACAACAGCAGCAGCAGCACCAGCACCAGCAUGUAAUUCCGGAUUCGACAAAUUUGAAUGAAGAAUAUGGUCGGUUUCAACGAGUCUUGCGGUCGACGUUCGAUCACAUUCGCGCCGGCCAAUUGGUAGAGGCUGGGCGAUCACUCUUGGAAAUUUCCGAGUGGCUUGUCACUAAUGCGCGGGAACUCGGUAUGUUUCUUCCCUAGCGUUUGUUUGGAUUCCACUCAUUGCCUUAUCCACCAUCCUUCAAGAAUCGUACCUUUGCAUCGUUACAUUGAAUACAAUAAUACGUGCACAACGAAUACAUCAUUUGUUUUUGUUGAUCGCA